AUGGGUUUAACUUUUGUGGAUGAAACUGUUAUGAAGAUUAAUCUAAUUAAAGAAAGAUUGAAAGCUGCACAAGAUAGACAACAGAAAUAUUACAAUCAGAAGCACAUAUUUGUGGAAUUUCAUGUUGGUGACUUUGUGUAUGUCAAAGUCAGUCUGAUGAAAGGUGUGAAUAGAUUUGGUAGAGUGAGUAAGCUCAGUCUAAGAUAUGUUGGACCUUUUGAAAUCCUUGAAAGGAUUGGUAAGUCUGCUUAUAAAUUGUUGUUAUCCAAUCAGAUGUCUGAUAUAUAUAACGUGUUUCACAUAUCCUCUUUGAGAAACUGGAUAUCUGAUUCUGACAAGAAAGUGUCUACUGAUGAGGUUGAGAUUCAGGAGAAUCUGCAGUACAAAGAAGAACCUGAGAAAAUUUUGGCCUAUUAUGUGCGUAAGUUAAGAAGUAAACAGAUUCCUAUGGUUAAAGUGCAGUGA